AAGUGUUUUAAUGCUAAUGUCUUGAUGUCGUCGUUGAAAGCAGCAGGUGGUUUAAGAAGCGAACUCGUGUGGGACUCCCCCCCUCCCCGUUAAAUGUCUGUGAGCGCGUUUUAUGUAUACAUGCAUUAAAGCUCACGUGUAAUCGGAUCUAUUGCAAACAUAGCGCGAGUAUGAACAUCGUAAUCUAUCUCCGAGGUAUACCUUUGCGCGGCCGAGUGUUUACGUUUGUAAAACGAAUUUAAAAAUAGACCUCGCCAAACAGCCGCAGCUGCAUUGCGUGAUUCAACGGAUGUUAAAUCGACAUUCGAUAUGAUUCAGCGAAGCUAUUAAAUAAUCAGCUUACAUCAAAAGGUUAUCAAAAUCGCAAUGUAAAACACACGUUACUCGUGUACGUAAUUAACGGAGAUAAAUUAUUAUAAGAAAGAACAGAAGAAUUCUGUUUUCUAUAUCUUCUUAGAUAGAAAGGUGUUUCUUUGAACCUUGUACGUAGAAUUGAAGUUAAAAAUGCUGGGUAUCUUAGCGAUAUUACUAGAUCCCUUUCUUCUUAUCGGUUUCUUCCUCGGUAUUCUGUACCUUUAUCUUACGGCCACCUUUGACUUUUGGGAAUGUCGUGGUGUACCUUUCAAGAAGCCGACUGUGCUCGUUGGGAAUUUCGGUUCCCUGCUUCUAUUCCGAAAGUCGCAGCCGGAAGGCGUGAAAGAGAUGUAUCAAUGGUUCAAAGAUGAAAGGUUCUUUGGCGCGUUCCGAGUAAGAUCGCCCGUGCUGAUCUUACGCGAUCCCGAGCUGGUGAAGAGCGUAUGCGUCAAGGAUUUCUCUCACUUCCUGAAUCGUGGGAUUCCGAUCAAUAACGCUCAGGAUCCGCUCUCCGGGCAUCUGUUCAACCUCGAAGGGCAUAAGUGGAAGGGCCUCAGGUCGAAAUUGACGCCCGCGUUCUCGUCGGGCAAGCUGAAACGGAUGUUCUAUCUCCUGGGGGAAUGUGGUGAGGAAUUGCAGAGGCUCAUCAAGGAGGCGAGCCGCAAUGUAGAUCGGGCAGUCGAGGUACGGGAACUGGCCACGAAGUUCACCAUCGAUGUCAUCGGCAGCUGCGCCUUCGGCAUACAGAUAAACGCGCUCACCGACGAGGAAUCUGAGUUUCACAGGGCGGCGAAGACGCUCUCGAAGCCAAGUUACAAGGCUACUCUCUGGAGGAUGCUACGAACGUCUAUGCCAAGAUUAUACAGACUGCUGGGCGUGCAGAUCGUCGAUCCCGGCGUCACCAAGUUCUUCAUGGACGUCGUAUCGCAGAUGAUCGAUCAGAGAGAGGACAACGGCACGACUAGGCAUGACUUCAUGGAUUUGUUAAUCGAGCUGAAAAACAAGGGUACUCUGGAGAAUGAAGUUAGCAAUCCACGGGUCUGCAAUGACGAGGAUGUCCAAGCGGCUAAGGAAAUCGUCUUAGAUGAGAGCACUAUCGCGGCACAAGCGUUCGUUUUCUUUGCCGCCGGCUACGAAACGUCCUCGAACACGAUCGCAUUCUGCCUCUACGAGCUGGCCUUGAAUCAAGACAUCCAAGAUAAGACCAGGCGAGAGGUAUGCGGCGCCAUAGAAGCACAAGGUGGAAAAUUAACUUAUGACGCGGUACAGGAAAUGAAAUAUCUCGACAUGGUAAUACUAGAAACUCUCAGGAAGUAUCCGCCAGCUCCGCUGCUCUCUCGAAGAUGCGAGCACAAAUACCAAAUACCGAAUACCGAAGUGGAGCUGCCAGUCGGCAUACGGGUCAUCAUACCGAUUUAUGGCCUCCACCAUGAUCCGACUUACUAUCCCGAUCCGUCAAGAUUUGAUCCCGAAAGAUUUACCGAGGAGAACAAACGUACGAGACAUCCUUACACGUAUCUUCCAUUUGGAGAAGGGCCACGAAAUUGCAUAGGCAUGCGAUUCGCGUUGCUGCAAAUCAAGAUGGGAAUAAUAUCGUUCCUCAAGGACCACCGUGUCGAGAUAUGCGGUAAGUCGACGGUGCCGAUCAAGUUCAGCAGACGAAGUCUCGUGACCACGAGCGAGGAGGGAUUUUGGCUUGCAAUUACUCCGUCUUCCUAGAUCUAAUCGUUUUUAACAACGUUUAACAACGUUCUUUUCCUUCUUCCUUCAAGAAAAUAUUGAUCACGGUUAUUAAAAUAUAAACUCGCUAUCUCCAAUGAACAGAAUAUCUAAAAUCAUCGCAUAAGAUAACUUCAAGAUAUCUUUCAGAGUUCUUUUAUGAGAUAUCUUAAAGAUGUUUCUUAAAAUUAUCUUGUCAAUUAUAUUAAUACAAUUAUCUUAUCAAUUCUUAAAAAUAUCCCAAAGUUGUCUUAUUACGUAGAUUUUAGACAUUCUGCUCUGGGACAAGACAAUAUACUUGAUUUUUGUAAAAUAUAUUUAUUUUUUGAAAUAAAGCAUCGCAGCAUUCAAGCAAAUUUUGUAUGUUACACAUAAUAUAUAUAUUCUAUUGAUAUAA